AUGAACUCACACCUUCAUAAUAAAACUAGCUCAAAUGAAUCUUACACACACUCUAAGGUUUUAAAAGAAACUUUACAUUUUAAAUUUGUAAAAUAUUUGGAUAUAUUUUGUAUUUUAUGGCUUAUACUUAAUAAAAGACUUAAAGUUUAUAAUUGUAGAUCGCAAAAAGCAUUAAUCGAUCGUAUAAAUGCAGCUUGUAACAACAAAAUUGAAUCAUUUCAAAUAUCAAGAGAUUUGAUAUUAGAAUAUAUCAAAAACACAUCAUUCCAUGGAGUAAUCGCAGCCUUUAUUUCAAAAAUCGAGAGUAAAUUUAAUUUCAACAAGCGUAAAUACAGUAGAUUGGAGCCACUGUCAUACGAAGAUUUUGAAUUGUGCAAUGUAGUAUUGGGAAGGGAGCCAUUUGGACUCUAUUCCGUUGUAAAAAAAUGUAUGUGCGCAUUCAAUUCGACAAAUAAAAAAGAGGUAGACGUUAAAUCAGAGUUCAAAAGUCUAUCGGAUAAGUGGAGAGAAAAUAGAGCAUUUGAAUGUACAAAGUGUUUGAAAAGUGAAGAUAGGUAUUCAUUAGUGGGAGUGGUUGUUCCAUUUGUAUUGUCAAAGCACCGAGAGUAUGAAUAUGAACACCCUGAUGUUCAGAAAAAAAGGAAAAUAUCAGAAAAUAUGGAUAAGGAUUAUAGAUCGUACGAGUUUAAUCAAAAAUUAUACUCGUCAAGUUCAAAAUAUCCAAUGGAAAAUAUAAUAGGAGGCUCAGAAAAAUGGUACGAGAGAAGAGAUAGCCAAUCAGGCCAUCUAUCAGAUCUUGUGUUCGAGUUGGUAAGCAUUAUGCUUGAAGAAAAUGGCGACUCUGUAGUUAGUGAGGAACUAUAUUCACUAGCCUCAAUAAUUAAAAGUAAUAUAACUGAUGAAAAUUUGGAUGAUUAUUCCAAAGGAGGAUGUGACGAUAAUGGUAUGUUUGACGCUGAUGUGAUGAGUAAAUUGGUAGAGGAAUAUGGAACAACACUGGAAAAAAUGGUAAAAUUUAAGCCAUUUCCAACAACAUAUUGGCUGACAGAUAAGAAUCUAAUAACGAGAGUGUCGAAGCUAGAGUCGGAUGGUAUGAUAAAAGUUAUUCAGAGCAUUAUGGAUGAACAAAUAAAAGAGUACAAUAACCAAGGUAAAGGCGGAAAGAGUGAAGAAUUUGUAAGGAAUAUAAUAGAAGAUAACCUGUCAUACCUAGUUAGAAGAUAUCAACUAACACACCCAGUACUGAUAGAAGUUUUAUAUAACAUGAUAUUUAACUCGAACGUAUUCAGAACUGUUAUGGAAGAGGAAGGGUUGAAUAGAAAGAUGCAGUACGUUAGAAUGGAUGAAGGUGGAGGAAAAAGGAGUAAAAAGGAACAAAAUCACAUUUUGUUCAAGGGAUUGGCGAUACUGAACACGCUGCGAAUACACGGAAUAGCAGGGUCGAAGGACUUUUUACACAUCAAGUGCCUACACACGAACCUGGCAUAUGAAAUAUCGGAAGGGUCAUAUAUAGGCUCAUUGGUCUCAAAACUAAUAUAG